CGUAUUCACUCUUCAUGUGCACAUGUCUCGAUCAAUGAAUCAUAUAGGCAACAGAGCAACGAGUUCAUUAGCUUGUCUGCUCGCUGCGCAGCUUCGGACGGCUGCUUUCUGCCAGAAAGUUUCUGGAGUAACUUUAUAAAUAGAACACCCUCAGUAAGCACAUCUAGCAACCCCAAAGCGAACUUUCCAGCAUCGUUAUCGAUCCGAGCCAAAUAUAUAGACAUAUCCAACGUGCACCUGGGAGUUGGCAGUAUAUUGCGAGGCUUUAUAUAUAUACACACACGGCCUGCCCAUGUCUAUUCUAUUCAACGGCACCCGCACACGUUCAGGCGGACUUAUCAGUGCUCUGGCCAAGCAAAUAAAGCUCGUCAAUCUUCAACCCUUGAGCAAAAUAACUGUUCGUUUUGAUCCGUUUCACGAGAAAGCUCUUGAGACACGAAGUUUUCUUUUCCAUAUAUCUGGACGGAGAGUUGCUGCGACCAAUUAUGAUUGCAGUAUAAAAACUGAAAUUGCGUGUGACAGAUCUGAUCCAACAAUUGUUUGCAACUAUCAAGGCAGUGACGAAAAGCUCGUAUUCAAGUCAAAAGAUCUGACAGCUUUAGAAUUACUUAAAGUAUUUAAUAAACACGUAAGUUCUAGAGUAGAAGUACCUACAGAAGAACCCACUUUACCUGGUAAAGCAAAACAAGGCAAAAAGAAGAAGUUCUGAGCUGAUUAUUUUUGUUCAACAGU